UUUCAAUCGAUAUACGUCUGAAUAACGAUUAUACUUUACCCAAGUCAGUGAUUCACGGCAUUGAAAACACUAUCAAAGUGUAAACAAGCCGAGGGGUUUGUUUCCAACAGAUUCCACUAACCGUAAGAUCGACUCUCACUUACUUGCCAUGUUGGUUGGAAAUUUAAUUUUCAUGCACUAAAUUUAAUUAUAUAAAUUUUGAUUUGUAAACGUUUUCAAAAUCAAUGGGUAUUGCGAAUUCUCCAGUGUUUCCCAUUGACAAUGGCUAUGUGUCAAGCUACACAGCAACCUCAGUGGUGUAUGCUUGUGAUUCGGGGUAUUCUAUGGUGGGCAAUUCGGUGUCUGUACCUUUGACAUCUGGUUGGACAACCCCUGGGAAAUGUGAAUUAACAUUCGUUGAUAAAGUUUGGUUUUGGUUCUUAAUCGGUCUCGCGGCUCUGCUGAUCAUCACAGGUUUAACACUGCUCUGUGUUUAUUGUUACCGCCACUGCUUCAGAAUGCGGUCAAGAAGAAUCAAAACGAGGCCAAAGGAAGAAAAAACCCAACGUUCAAACCAAACACCGAGGAGUUCCCGCGGCGAUCCCGGCUGUUUCGAAUAUGGUGGAAAAUGUGACAUUUGUUGCGUAGAUUACUACGGAUGUUGCUCAUUGUCCAGUUGCUGUGGUUACCAUGGCUUUUGCGCUUGGUUUUGUGGUUGUUGCCGAUGUUGCAGAGAACCGGAAGAGGGGCCCGGUAUUUCCAGUCUUCCUGUUUCAAUGUUUCGCAAAUGGAGGAAGAAAUCGAAAGGUGGCAGUAGAUCGGUUACGACCAGGCCGAUAGUUGUGAUUCAGUACAAUAGGGACAAGAUGAGAUCGGUAAGAAAAGCAGCGAAGACAGCGAAGGUCCCCGUGUUGCCGCUUUGGCUGCCGCAUAAAAAUAAUGUACGGGACAUCAACACAAGCACGAGAUAAAUUUAAUAUUCCGGCACAAUGAUGUGAAUAAGCACGUUAUGAAUUUAAUAUUCCGGCACAAUGAUGUGAAUAAGCACGUCGAAAUUUAUUUUCAUUGUGAAUUCUUUGAAAUCACAGAAUACUUUUAAAUUUAUGAAUGGGUUAGAUACGAGAUCUAACUCUGUCUAUACUACCUGUUAAGGGUAGUUGAGAUUCAUUAAACCUAAUUCAUUGUAAGUUUUAUUUUCAUUUUGUUAAUGCCAUAUACCCUGAAAUAUAAUGUUAAACUACACGUUGUCGAUAGUAGUGUCUAUACUGGAUGUGUUGUUUAUCGUAAACUUUUUGUUUUGGUUUUGUACGCAUGUCUUAGAAAUGCAUAGAAACAUGGUUAUAGUAAUUUGCGGUGAGUCGAGUACUUUAGAAAAAAUUUAUUUCGCGAAACCUUAUUUUCCCGAGGGUGCAUUGAUGUAUUAUUCACGAACCAUAACUUUCACUUAUCAUUAUCUAUUGCUUAAGUUUGCUAUGUGAAAGAGUUUAUCGCAAAAACGAAAGUUUCGCUGAUGACUAGUAUUGCGUAAUUACGCGUAAAUACGCGAAUUAAAUGAGAUAUCAGAUGUUCCAAAUAUCAGUUUAAUACAGUUUAUUUAAAAUCUAUAAUAACAUUAUUAUUUUUGCUUGAAUUGGUAUUAGUAAUGGAAUUCUGCUUUUGUAAUUGAAAAGCUUUUACAAUAUAUUGUUUACAAGUUAUAUCAGUAAAUUAUUAACUUUAUGUCCAUGCUCAUAAAUUGUAUUGUUCAUAACCGCUUUUGUUCUUAAGAUGUGCUGUUCAUCAACAGGACUAUUCUAUUUUGAAAUAAAAUAAAUGCAGGUGUC